AGGUAAGUGCUCCGUAUUCUUCUUGAUAGAUUUUUAUUAAGUUAUUUAUGUCAUAUUUUGACAUUAUCAAAAAGGUAAUCAGAUGCCAUGGCUCACAAAUGACUGGGUCAUAUCACUGACAGAGGAAAGAAUCUUUUUAGGCGGAUUAUGAACAGCUUUUAUCAAACCGAUCUCUGCAUCUCUGAUUCUUGGUCUGCACAAUGGCAAUGACACCUGUGGCAUGGAAGCUGGUCUUGUUUGAAUUCAUGGUAUUUCUUCUUCUGAAUUUUGUUCCACUGCAACCCAUCGCUGCUACCCAAAAGGAAAUGUGCUCAUAUACAUUGGAAGUGAGAACGAAGCGGAAAUUGCCAUUUUUAGAUGAUCCAGGGACGAAAGAUCCAGUGCAUGUGAAGCUUCAGGACAGAAAUGGAGGAGACGUAACAAAAAAGCAUCUCAAUGAGAAAAACCCAGAAAAAUUCUUUAAUCCUGGCAAAACUGAUAGUUUCAAUUUUGAUGGUCCCUGUCUAAAGGGUAAUGUCUGUCUCCUCAAUUUUAUGGUCGAUGGCGAAAAUGGUUGGAAACCUCGGAAUGCAACAGUCAGCGGUAAAAAUCUGAGCGUACCCUACACUUUCUACUUUGGCAGCACUCUUCCUGCUAAAGCUUGGCACGGCCCCAAUUUGUGCAGCAUUAAUGAACAAGUGGCAUCUACUAUGGCAGAAGAGUACAAGUAUGAUGAUGAAGAAGACGAUGAAGUAGACGAUGAAGCAGAGAAGAAGAACAAGCGUCGCUGCUUAAAAUCUAAACAACCGGGAAAAGGGGGCGGUUGCUAAAGGGAUGUGGCUAUACUCCAUACAAAAUAGUUUCUUUCUUGUUUUCGUCUGUUCUUCUGUCACAAAAUAGUUCUUCUGUUGUUUUGGUCUCCAUCAUUAUAUCAUUAUGUUCCCCAUCAGUAUAUGGCAUGAUGGUAAAGACAUGUCUUAUUAUGUCGUUUUGUAUGGAGAUUAGCUAUUGCGUGCUAAAGUGUAUAAAAAACCAAUGUUUUAAUUACUUUUUGCUAUGCUUAGUAGGUCAGCUAAGUAAGUUUUCUAUGUUAUCAAACUCGACAACAAUUAAAAUGUAUGAUUAAAUCUCCAACCACUUUUUACUAUGCUUAGUAGGGCAGCUAAGUAAGUUUUCUAUGUUAUCAAACUCGUCAACAAUUAAAAUGUAUGAUUCAAUCUCCAACCAUACAUA